UUUUAGGUUCUGCUGUCCUCCCUGUGCCUGCGUGUACCCUGCAUGGAGCUGUUUCAUAGUCUCAUAGGAUGUUAAGGGGUUGGAAGGGACCUAAAAGAUUAUCCAGGUCCAAUCACCCCCUGCCGUAGGAGGGGAAAAACCUGACAUUCCUGAAAAUGGCGGCUGAGACAUCCACAGAAGUUACAAAAACAGCUAAACAAUUCGUCCUUAAGGAAGAGGUAAUCGUAGAAAGACAAUGGUUGAAGCUUGCAGAAACAACUUACACUGAUCCAUUUGGGAAAACCAGAACUUGGGAAACUGUAAAGCGUACUGGCAACAAAAAGGGAGUUACAGCUGAUGGUGUGGCAGUGAUAGCAGUGCUACAGAGAACCCUGCACUAUGACUGCAUUGUCCUGGUGAAACAGUUCAGGCCCCCAAUCAAUGGCUACUGCUUGGAAUUUCCUGCAGGCCUCAUUGAGGAAAACGAGUCAGCAGAAAAUGCUGCGCUUCGAGAGCUGAAGGAAGAAACUGGGUACAAGGGGGAAGUCAUUGAAUGUACUCCAGCUCUGUGCUUGGACCCAGGAAUGUCAAACAGCACAACACACAUCGUGAGCGUCAUCAUUAAUGGAGAUGAGGCUGAGAACACAAGACCUAAGCAAAACCUUGAUGAUGGAGAAUUUGUGGAAGUUGUUUCACUUCCAAAGAAUGACCUACUGCAAAGAAUUGAUGAACUAGUAGCAGAGGAACAUCUGGCAGUAGAUGCCAGGGUUUAUACUUAUGCGUUGGCUCUGAAGCGUGCAGCAGAAAAGCCGCUCCAAGUUCCUUUUAUGAAGUUCUAGAACUGGGCAAUGAGGAAUUUAAUUUGAAACUGCCCAAGUUGGAUGGCUUAGAAGUACAAGUCUUCUUGUAAUGAAGGUCCUUUGCUUUACUCGCAGCAAAAAAAAAAAGUGUUUGUAGUAAUGAUUCUGGUAUUUUUAUUUGGAAUUAUGUAACUGACAAGAUGCAUUUCUUUGAGCUGCUCUAUCAAGCCUUGACAGAAUAUCAAUAAUAAAAAUACUGUUUGAUUUUCAGAA